AUGGCUUAUGAUCCACGUGGAGAUCACGGCGGACCAGGUGGAGGAUACGAUGGUGGCUACGUGAGAGCUCGCGGGCGACGCCCUGUAACAGACUAUGGCUCAACCAUGACGCGCUGGAUGCGCGACCGACAUCCACGCUUCAGGGGCUCCUACAAGGGCGAGGUUGAGCGGCCGAGCGCGAGCUAUAUCGUUGAUAUGCUUCCACCCCUGGCAAGAGUGACAAAUCCAGCCGACACCGUCCCGACCAAACACCUCCAUUCGUCACUCAACAAGAUCAAACACCCGGUUAACGUUGUCCGCUGGACACCAGAGGGUCGAAGGCUGCUGACUGCGUCAAGUAGUGGAGAGUUCACGCUGUGGAAUGGAACUGGAUUCAACUUUGAGACGAUUUCGCAGGCUCACGAUGUAGCAAUUCGUGCACUAGCCUACUCCCACAGUGACGACUGGCUCAUAUCAGCUGAUCACGACGGAGUCAUCAAGUAUUGGCAGCCUAACUUCAACAACGUCCAGGUGAUACAAGGCCAUCACGAUCCCAUCAGAGACCUUGCCUUUAGCCCCAACGAUGCCAAGUUCGUGACAGCUUCUGAUGACUCGUCGCUCAAGAUCUUCGAUUUUGCUGGUGGUGUCGCUGAGUCAACAUUGCAAGGCCAUGGCUGGGAUGCGAAGAGUUGUGAUUGGCACCCAACCAAAGGCUUGAUCGUCUCUGGAUCCAAGGAUCAUCUAGUAAAACUCUGGGACCCGAGGACGCAGCGUUGUCUUACGACCCUCCACGGCCACAAGAACACUAUCACCAAGACAGUAUUUGAACGAGUGAUGGGAUGGUGUUUAGCAACCUCGGCGCGAGACCAGACCGCGCGAGUGUUCGAUAUACGCAUGAUGCGAGAUAUCUGCUUGAUCAAGGGCCACGAGAAGGAGGUCUCGACUCUGACCUGGCACCCGAUUCAUGCCAAUCUACUCAGUACUGGAGGCAACGAAGGCUCGCUGUUCCACUAUCUUCUGGAUGAACCGAAUACUCCGGCAGGCCAGGCUAUUAGCACGGCUGUUUACGAGAGCGCGGACCCGUUGACGGCGCCUGCGCAGAGCAUAUAUCCCGCACACAAGAUCCCAUUCGCACAUGAUUUUGCUAUCUGGUCGUUGGAUUGGCACCCGCUGGGCCAUAUCCUGGCGUCAGGCUCGAACGACCGCAUCACGAGAUUCUGGACUCGAGCACGGCCAGGCGAGACCGAAGUCUUCCAAGACAGGUACCAUAUUGGCGAGGCAGCUGCCGAGGCUCAGGGGACUUGGGAUCGACGUGGGGGUCGUCGGCAACGGCAAGAGGAAGAAGAGCAGGAAAUGGAGGAUGAAAUGGAAGGUCUCGUGGAUCAGAAGAUGCCGCCUAAGCAGCCUGCAUCUAUAUUCCCUGGCCUCCCUGGCCUCCCUGGCCUCCCUAGCUUGCCUGGUCUUACGCUACCAGUCAACGGUAUACCCCCUCCUCCACCCCAGUUCUCUGGUGUUGGUGCAGGGGGUGUGAUUCCGCCACCUCUACCAUUCCCCAUGCCUGGUACCAAUGGUGGUCCUCCCCCGCCUUUGCCUGGCUUGGAUCCUAACAACCCAGCGGAUUUUGCGAAGAUUGCGGAGAUGAUGCAAAAAGCUGGUCUACCACCUCCUCCUCCGCCGGGAAUGCUGCCACCCGGUCUCAUUCCGCCUCCGAACUUCGCCAUGCCACCUGGUUUCCCACCGCCACCCAUGCCUAUGUCAGCAGAGGACAGCGCUGCUGCACGUCGUCGGGCUCCUCUUCCUAGUCAAGAAGAGAGUCUACGUAUGGAGCAGAAGAAAGGACACUACACCCGAGUGCGUUAG